AUGGAGACCGUUUCCAAGGACGAGAUCGCCACGGCGAAUGCGCUCAAGCGCCAGGGCACUCAAGUUCAGCCUUUCGACGCCUCCGAGCAGUUGCUGACGGGCUUCCAGAUAUGGACAGACGCUGCGCCCAGCAUCAAGGAAAAUCCGGCGCUGCUGUUCGUGAAAUGCCUCGUGCAGCAGGGAUCCACGAAGACUACGCUUGUUUGCACGCAGAUUGACCCUGCUCCCCCGGCCGGCCAGGAGAAGGCGACGUUCGAAGUGCCCAUCGACAGAGCAUGGAACACGAACGCGCAGCUCGACCCGCUGACCUACGGCGACAUUGGUAUGCUUCCGCAGACCAACAUUCCCUGUGUGCUGGACUACCUGCGUCACCGCUUCAUGAACAACCAGAUCUACAGCACUGCUGACCCUCUGCUGGUGGCCAUCAACCCAUUCAAGAACCUGGGCAACGCGACCGACGCGGUCAUCAAGAGCUACAAGGAUGCGCCCGACUCCUUGAAGUUGGCUCCUCACGUUUUCCUGACUGCCCGGCGCGCCUUGGAGAAUGUCUACGACUACAAGUACUCGCAGACCAUCAUCGUGUCUGGAGAGUCCGGUGCCGGCAAGACUGAGGCGACUAAGCAGAUGAUGCGCUACUUCGCGUACAAGAACGACGGCCAGAGCAAUAGCAAGAUCCAGACCGCCAUCAUGGCUGCGAACCCCGUGCUUGAGGCCUUCGGUAACGCGAAGACCAUCCGCAACAACAACUCGUCGCGUUUCGGUCGUUUCAUGCAGCUGGAUGUGGCCGAGGAGGGCGGUAUCCGCUACGGUUCCAUCGUGGCGUUUUUGCUGGAGAAGUCCCGUAUCGUCACCCAGGAUGCCGACGAGCGGUCGUACCACAUCUUCUACCAGCUGCUGAAGGGCGCGAGCCCCGAGAUGAAGAGCAAGUACAAGCUGAAGUCGAUCGGCGAUUACAAGUUUUUGAACCCGAAGUGCCAGGACGUGCCCGGCAUCGACGACGUGGCUGACUUCAAGGAGGUGAUGCAGUCGUUCGAGAGCAUGGGCCUGAGCGAGGAGCAGAUCGCCACAAUCUUCUCGUUGCUGUCCGGUGUUUUGCUUAUGGGUAACGUUGAGAUCGGCUCCACCACCGUGGAGGGCGUGGACGAUGCCGCCACGAUCGUGAACAAGUCUGAGUUCAACGACGCGUGCCAGCUGAUGUUCCUGGACCCCAACGUGCUGGAGACCGAGUUCACCGUGAAGGUGACGAGCGCCGGCAACAACGAGAUCCGCGGCCCGCGCAAGCAGAGCGACGCGGAGGUGCUCAAAUCGAGUAUCUGCAAGGCCAUGUACGAGCGCCUGUUCCUGUGGCUGAUCCGCAACCUCAACCGCUCGAUCGAGCCCGAGGGCGGGUUCAAGAACUUCAUUGGUAUGCUUGACAUUUUCGGUUUCGAGGUGUUCAAGAACAACUCGCUUGAGCAGCUGUUCAUCAACAUCACGAACGAGAUGCUGCAGACUAACUUCGUGGACAUCGUGUUCAAGCGCGAGGGCGCGCUGUACAAGUCCGAGGGCAUCCCCAUCCCCGAGCUGAACUACACGAGCAACGCCGCGAUCAUCGAGGUUUUGUGCGCGAAGGGUAAGUCCAUUUUGUCUUUGCUGGAGGACCAGUGCCUGGCGCCCGGCGGCAGCGACGAGAAGCUGGUGAGCGCGUGCAACAACCAGCUGAAGGACAACAACAAGUACGUGCCCGCGAAGGUGAACGCGCAGCUGAACUUCAACGUGGUGCACACGAUCGGCACCAUCCAGUACAACGCGCAGCAGUUCAUCUUCAAGAACAAGGACGUGCUGACUGCGGAGCUGGUGGAGUGCGUGAACGCGUCGCCCAACCAGACGAUCAACAACCUGUUCGAGAACGUCAAUGUGACCCGCGGCAAGUUGGCUAAGGGCCAGCUGAUCGGCUCGCAGUUCAUGUCGCAGCUGGACGCCCUGAUGAAGCUCAUCAACAGCACCGACUCCCACUUCAUCCGCUGUGUCAAGCCGAACGAGUCCAAGCAGCCGCUUGAGUUCAACAACGUGAAGAUCCUGGUGCAGCUGCACGCGCUCAGCAUCAUCGAGGCGCUGCAGCUGCGCAAGCUCGGUUACUCGUACCGCCGUCCGUACGAGCUGUUCCUGGAGCAGUACAAGUACAUCGACCUCGGCAUCACCAACAACAAGUCCCUGGACCCCAAGACCGCGUCCCAGCGCCUUGCUGAGUCCGUGGGCCUGAAGACUGGCCAGUACGCCCUCGGUAAGACCAUGAUGUUCCUGACCCAGAAGGUGGCGAAGGACCUGACUGCCCUGCAGCGCCAGCGCCUCAGCGUCUGGGAGCCCAUCACCGCGAUGCUGGACGCGUGGCUGACUCGCCAGGCCGCCCGCGACCAGAUGUUCUCCUCCAUGGAGGGCAUCGUGCGUCUGCAGGCUCACCUGCGCCGCCGCAUCGUGCAGUCCAGGGUCACGCCCUCCCCCGAUCAAAUGUUGAGAAUGCAGAUCAAUGCCUGA